AAUUCUAUUACAGGCACAUUCUGCCUCAGCCCCUUUUAAAGAGGCCCUUCAAUGCUACUGUAGGGCUCGUCCGCCGCCGCAACCCCUCCUUUUCCCAUCGAGUUUGUUGAGGCGAAGCGAACUCGCCUAGCAUUUGCAAGAAAUUCCAGAUCCGCAAAAAGCAGAGAGGAACAACUCCACCGGCGAUGGCGAUGGCGAUGGCGGCCCUAAGACGCGAGGGGCGGCGUGUCCUCCUCAACACCCCCUCCCCGGCAGCCACCAUGGCUGCGCUCUCCCGGGCUGCCUCCCAGUCGCAGAUUGCUCCGCUUGGUGCACGGUCGAUCUCAACACAAAUUGUGAGGAACCGCAUGAAAAGUGUCAAGAACAUCCAAAAGAUUACGAAAGCAAUGAAGAUGGUUGCAGCAUCAAAGCUUCGUGCUGUUCAAACAAGAACUGAGAAUUCACGUGGUCUAUGGCAGCCAUUCACAGCUCUUCUUGGGGAUGCUCCUAGUGUAAAUGUCAAGAAGAAUGUUAUUGUAGCCAUUACAUCUGACAAGGGUCUCUGUGGUGGUAUCAAUUCUACAUCUGUUAAAGUCAGCAAAGCACUCCAGAAAAUGACUUCUGGUCCAGAGAAAGAAAGCAAGUAUGUCAUAUUAGGAGAAAAGGGGAAAGUUCAACUCAUCCGUGACUCCAGGAAGCAUAUUGAAAUGACAGUAUCUGAGUUGCAGAAAAACCCUAUCAAUUACACACAGGUUGCUGUGCUGGCAGAUGAUAUCUUGAAAAAUGUUGAAUAUGAUGCUAUAAGAGUUGUUUUUAACAAGUUUCAGUCUGUCAUUUCAUUUAGGCCUACACUGGCCACAAUACUGUCCCCAGAGGUUAUGGAGAAAGAAUCAGAAUCUGGCGGGAAGGUUGGUCAGCUGGAUUCGUAUGAAAUUGAAGGAGGUGAAACAAAAUCAGAAAUCCUGCAGAAUCUUACCGAGUUCCAGUUUUCUUGUGUUAUGUAUAAUGCUGUUCUAGAGAAUGCGUGCAGUGAGCUUGGUGCCCGUAUGUCUGCUAUGGACAGCUCCAGCAGAAAUGCCGGUGAAAUGCUUGACCGUCUUACACUGACAUACAACAGGACACGUCAAGCAUCUAUCACUACUGAGCUCACUGAGAUCAUAUCGGGUGCCUCUGCUCUUGAGGGAUGAUGAUGAAACUUUAUGCCCUCAUUUUUUUUAUUUUUCUGUUCCAAUGAAGGCCACUUCUAAUCUAAAAACAGCCUUUUGCAUUCUCCUGUGAGUGGAUCUGAGCAUCAAUAAUUAGCCUGAAUACAGGACGGAUAUGCCUUGUCGCGCUAUCAACCUUGCUUCGUUUUGUUCAAAGUUCAGCAGAUGUCCAUUUAUAAUUUGAGGCAGCCUUUGUUUUUUC